AAGAGAGAGUGCGUAGCAGCUAAAUAAAGCAGAGAACAAGCCCGUCUCAGGACAUCAGUCCAAAGAAGAGGAUCUACCGGCAAAGAGAUAAGAGGGGGAGGACAGGGAACAAAAGAGAGAGUUGGAGGACAAGAGAGAGAGAGAGAAAAUGGGAUAUUGCGGCAUGUGGAUCUUCCUCUUGUCCCUGUCUCUCUUCUUACAAAGCGUCACUGCAGAGGCUGAAGUAUGUCGUACAGCCAUGCCUGCUGAUAUUGUGUUCCUGGUGGAUGAUUCCUGGUCAGUGGGUCCGACCAGCUUCCAGCAGAUCAAAGAGUUCAUAGCGGACAUCAUCCGAGCCUUCCAGGGAAGUGUGAUUGGACAGGAAGGCAUUCGCUUUGGAGUUACUGUCUAUUCUGACUUGCCCAGGAUACGUAUAGCUCUGACAGAUUAUUCGACUCUGGAGGAAGUGCUCCGAGCUGUGGAGGAGGUGCCAUAUGAGGGAGGCAAGAGCCGCACCGGCUUGGCGUUGGAAUUCCUUGUCGAGUCUGUCUUCAGUCCUUCUAUCAUCAGAGACAAUGCCCCAAAGAUUGCUGUUCUGAUCACUAAUGGCCAAUCGGAUGAUCCAGUGGACGGUCCAGCUAAAGCUGUAGCAGACAGUGGGAUUUCCCUGUUUGCUGUGGGGGUAAGGAAUGCUGAUCAGUCCGAGAUGAAGAAAAUCGUCACAGAACCCCAUGAGGAACAUCUACUGCUCAGCCCAGAUUUCUUCUUGCUGGAGAACCAUCUGCCCAAACUCUCUCGUCGCAUCUGCUUCACUGCUUCAGAACCUCCCCGACCUGUUAAACAAAAGCCACCUGUGCUGGAGAGGAUAGUAGGACCUAAAGAUCUGCAAGUGAGCGAGCUGAGUUACAGCUCUCUGCAGCUGAUCUGGAGUCAGGCCACAGGAGACGUUACCGGCUACAGGCUGCUCAUCACCCCUGUGUCUCCAAAGGGCCAUCUGCUCCCAGCACAGCAGAGACAGAUUGAUCUGAAGGGAGAUAUUAGUAGUACUCCAGUAACCGGGUUAAGUCCUAAGACUGAGUACUCUCUGACUUUAUAUGCCAUCUACCCCGGACGCAUUGGAGAAUCUGCCUCUAUUAUCACAGAAACCACUGUUUUGCCACUGGUUUCGAACUUCCAUGUGAUUGAAGAAGGACUGUUCUCUUUACGUCUGGGAUGGAUGUCUCCGCUUGGAAAAGUGGAUAAAUAUAAAGUUUAUGUUCCAAGAACGGACAGACCCGGCCUCAUUUACGAUCAAAUUCUGUCGGGUGACGCCUCCUCUCACGGGAUUGAUACUUUAGAAGAGGACAAAGAGUACACAGUAGAAAUCUACGCCAUCUACCCAGAGGGCCCCAGUGAGACUGUAUCUGUCACCGGGAAAACUUUGAAACUGGUUCCAGUUGAUCAACUGCUGGUGCAGAACGCUACUACAGACACAGUUCAGGCCCGCUGGUCAUCUGUCAGAGGCGCCACAGGAUACAGACUCACCUGGUCAUCAUCAGAGGGACACAGAGAAAAUGUGAACCUGGGAGACAACUUUAAUUUCUACAUGGUGCAGGGCCUGCAUGCUGGUACAGAGUACACCAUCACUAUCAACCCCAUCUUUGUGGACAUUGAAGGGCCUGUUACCUCUGCCAAAGCCAAGACAUUGGAAAGCAGUGCAGUACAGACCCUGAGAGCGUCUGCGGUGAGCAUUAGCAGCGCUGUUACCUCGUGGAACGCUGUACCUGGAGCCACAGGCUAUAGAUUGGCCUGGGGUCCUACUGCAGAGUUCAUAGGGAGAGAUCGGCCCAGGCAGUUGGCUCUGAAUGGCAGCACUACGGAGUAUGUUUUGAAGAAUCUGGUCCAUGACACCGAGUAUGUGCUUUCGCUUUAUGUUCUCUUUGGUUCUGCGGUUGGUCCGGGCAUCACCGCUACAUUCAGGACCUCGCCUCUCGAAUACGUCUCAAAUUUUAAAGUGACGUCAUACACCAGCUCCUCCAUCGAUGUGGAAUGGAGUCCUAUUGUAGGGGCCACAGAGUACAAACUCACCUGGAGUUCAGAAUUUGUGAGUCCUCAGAGUCGGUAUCUUGACCGCAGUAUUUUACAGCACAGCAUCACUGCUCUUCAGCCACAAACCCUUUAUUCUGUCAGCAUUCACGCUCUCUACAGCAACACAGAAGGACCAGAAAUCACUCUCUCACAGCAAACAGCCUCUUUGACAGACUCUGAGCUGAUUGUGGACAUCUCCUCUGAUCUGCUGAGCUCUGGCUUCACGUCCUAUAAGAUCAGAGAUCUCCUGUAUGGCAGAACCUAUUUAUUUUCCAUCAGACCACUUUAUGGGGAAGUGGAGGGUCCGGUCACAACUAUCACUAAAAGGAUCUUGGGAGCUCCUCAUCUCAUUCCUGUCCAGAGCCCCACGCCGGCCCCCGUCUCUGCUAAUACCAAAAUCAAUGACUCGCCCCUCCACACCACAACCAGAAACGCUCGCACCCCGGUGGUCAAAGCCCCUAGCACACCCACCACCACUCAGAGACUCACUGUGAGGCCUCAGAUCACCAUUGGCCAAACAGCUUCAGCACUGACCAGAGUCACCACAGUUAAUGACCAAACCACCCUGUCCGUCGAGACACCUCCACCUGGACCAGAUAUAAACCAUGAUGUAGAGCCGCCGUCCAGGAUAGCACAUGCUCUGGGUGUCAGUGUGUUGGCCAUCGGCAUCGCUCAUGCAGAUAUUGAGGAGCUGAGGACCAUCGCCUCUCCCACCACUUACAAGAACAUCUUCUUCUCCAGUGAUUUUGACGAUCUUCCGACCAUCGAGAGAGAGUUUAUCAGCAGCAUCUGUAGCGUGGCCUUACAGUCAGAGUUCAAGCAACACGAUGAGUCUGCUCAACUGGAUACACCUACAGAUGACCCGGAAGCUCUCAGUAAACCAGAAGGGCCCUGUCCUCUUAGCUGCAAGGGUCAGAAAGGAGAGAAGGGCGAUGGAUUUGGUCAUGGAGGCCUGCGACUCAAGCAAGGCCCGGGGCAUUAUGACUCAUUCUCUCUAAAGGUCAAAGGGGAGAAGGGUGAACGGGGUCUUCCCGGAACGGAUGGCAUCCCAGGGUUACCAGGGCGACCAGGUAGAACUGGACCCCCUGGUUCUCCUGGACAAAGGGGGGCACCUGGAAUUCCUGGUGACAUGGGGCCACCUGGUAAUACUGGACCGAAAGGACAGAGAGGAGAGAGAGUCAGUUUAGUCACUGACAAGCAUUUGAUAUGUUGUAUGGUGGUUUUAUGUUAUUUAUUUAUAUAUAUAGGUAUGGAGGUUCUUCCAGGACGUAAAGGAGAACCUGGAUCCUCUGGUCCCCCAGGUGCUCCAGGGGUCCCAGGGGUAUCAGGUCCUCCAGGACUCUCUGGUUUGCCUGGGCCUCCGGGCUCUCCUGGACUCUCUGUUAAGGGCGAGACUGGAGAAUCUGGUUCGAAAGGACCACGUGGAAAACCAGGACCCAAAGGAGAAAAGGGGGAGCAUGGAAGUAAUGGUCUACCAGGUGUACCAGGAGCAGUGGGAGUGGAUGGACUUCCAGGACUUCCUGGUCAGAAGGGGGAGAAGGGAGAGGAAGGUAUCGGAAUUCAGGGUGUUCAAGGUCCACCUGGGCCAAAAGGAGAAAAGGGUAAUACAGGACUACAAGGCCCAGAGGGCCAAGCAGGAAACCAAGGAGUCCAAGGGAUCACAGGGCCUCGGGGGAAAAAAGGUCUUAAAGGAGAUCAAGGAGACAAGGGCAGUCCUGGAUUCGGAAUCCCCGGUCAGCCUGGUCCCAAAGGAGAAAGCGGAGAAAGAGGUAAUGUUGGAUUAUCAGGGAAACCUGGGCCUAAAGGUGGCGAUGGGUCCAAAGGAGAGAAAGGGGAGACGGGUUUCUCAGGCAACCCUGCUUCUCCAGGACUAAGAGGUAAAGAUGGUCUGCCAGGACUAAAAGGAGAGAUGGGAUUGAGGGGCCCUCUCGGUCUUCCAGGACGACCCGGUGACCCUGGGGGGAAAGGCGAGCCUGGGAAAUUAGGGUUUCCAGGUCCAGAGGGAAACAAAGGAGAGAAAGGCGAGCUGGGAAGGCCGGGACCACCGGGAGACACUCGAUUCACCAUGUCAGACAACACCAUUCUCACCAGGGCCAUUAAGGGUGAACCUGGUGAGCCGGGGCUCCCAGGACUCCGAGGGGAGACAGGACGUCCUGGACCAGCUGGUCUUGAAGGUAAACCAGGACCUCCAGGGAAUUCACUGCUUGGAUCUAGGAAAGGAAGAGAUGGUGUGGAUGGUUUACCAGGAAGGCCUGGAUCUAAGGGGGAACCAGGACAGAAAGGGGACCCAGGACCAAAAGGAGAUCCUGGACGUGCUGGGAUAACUGGUAUGCCUGGUUUACCUGGGACACCUGGCAAACCUGGUGUUGAUGGGAAACGUGGAGUAGCUGGAAAAGAUGGAGAACAAGGACAAAAUGGUGAUGAAGGGACAAAGGGUGAAAAAGGUGAACCUGGUGCAAAUGGAAAUGAAGGUAAAAAAGGAGAGCUAGGAUCACCAGGCUUGCCAGGUCCUCCUGUUGUUCUCCAAGAGGGUAUGUCAAUUGAGGACAUUAAAAAGGCAUUUCCCAUACCAAUGGGACCCCCUGGUGUGGUGGGUCCUCCUGGGAUGAAGGGAGAGAAAGGAGACAUGGGUUUGAAAGGAGAGAAGGGUGAUGCUGGCCCACCGGGGAGAGCUGUUGAAAUGAAGGACAUUGAAGGCUUGUUUGAUUCUUAUGGUAUUAAACUCUCGCUGCUGAAGGCCUUGAUUGACAGGCUGCUGCACGAUGGAAUGGAGGAGCUUCUUCAUGAGAUCAGCACCAUCAGAGACGUGAAAGGAGACAGACAGGAGCCAGACUCAAACAUCAUCACUGAAUACACCAGCUCAGUAAAGUACAGUCACCCACAAGAGUCAUUACCUGAUACGGGUUUGACUGAGGAAGAGUCUGAUCUUGAAGAGGGGCAGAUGCUUGAAUCAAGUCCUAAGCCUGUAGUAGAAAAAGAAGUGGGUCGUACCCUUUCGAACAUCUCUACUAUUCACAAAAAGGCUGACUUGAGUAAAACCAAAGACAAGCUGGUAGAUGUCGAAGAAAAACUUGUGGAGACCAACUUCGGUGAUGUAACACCUUUUAAAUUUCUCCAAACCAACACUUCCUCUGAGAGGGUAGAGGUAAGUAUGGAGACAGUUUACCACAGCCAUGAGGACACGGGGAAGAAAACCUCUGGAGAGAAGAAGAAAAGCAGAGAGAGGGGAAAGGGCAAAGGAAAUAAAGGACGUCAAAAACGACAAAGGAAACGUUUGGAAGAUCAAGACAACAUGGAAGACGAGGUUGAGGAAGCAUCAUCUGACGACGAGGAAUAUGAAUAUGAGGACGAGGUGCCCACGGAAGAGCCUUUUCCCUCUCGAGAGGAGAAGGGCGAAGGGGAGGAGCUAAAAUACUCCGCAACAACAGCUAUAUACACACAAGAAAAUGAGGGUGAAACAACUCCUCCGAUUACGCAGUCUUUAGAGGAGAUUACACUGAUGGUUUACACAACAACAGCGAGUCCCCUGCUUUCAUCAAAAUUCACAGAGCAGAAGCCGCCUGAAACCACGUUAUUAUCAGUGCUAAAUACAACACAAACUGGAGAAGAGGUAAACUUGUCCCACAAUAGCGGCCUGGAAGGGGCAAGAUGUAAAGUGAAGAGGAGUGCCCCUUCAUCUGAGCACAUGGCCUACAUGCCUGGAACACCAGGAGGACAAAACCUUUACAAACAAGGAUCUAAGCGGUCCACCUCAGGUGCACGAGGCAACAAGAAGCUAAAUAAAACAAAGACCUUGAGCCUGGGACCUCCAGGUGAAAAUGGAAAACCAGGCCCUAAGGGUGACAAAGGUGUGCCUGGUCACAGAGGAGACAAGGGUAGUCCUCUCUCCAUGCCAGGACCCAGAGGAUAUAAGGGUCUAAAAGGAGAGCCAGGUGAACGUGGGCUUCCAGGAUUUGUUGGAGAUAAAGGAGAGAAGGUUGAAGAUGGUCCACCUGGUGCAAAGGGUGAGACAGGAGAGCCUGGUUUACCUGGAGAUACAGGAAUUAAAGGUGAGAAGGGCUUUAGAGGUUUCCCUGGUCGAAUAGGGAGUCCAGGACUGGAUGAGAACAGGGUGAUUCUGGGGACCGACAAGACAACUGAGGCACAGUGGGACAUGGAGGAAGAGGAUGGUGCGAUUGAGACCAAGGAAUACAGUUCAGGUGAUGGUGAUGAGGAGAUCUUUGAGCUGGAGAGAGAGAGAGACAGGAGAUGGAAAAAGAAAGGAUUGAACUGGAACGAGAAAGAGAAGGACCUCCAGGGUCCUAAAGGCAUGACAGGUAUGAAAGGAGAAAAGGGUGACAAAGGUGUGCCUGGUCACAGAGGAGACAAGGGUAGUACUCUCUCCAUGCCAGGACCCAGAGGAUAUAAGGGUCUAAAAGGAGAGCCAGGUGAACGUGGGCUUCCAGGAUUUGUUGGAGAUAAAGGAGAGAAGGUUGAAGAUGGUCCACCUGGUGCAAAGGGUGAGACAGGAGAGCCUGGUUUACCUGGAGAUACAGGAAUUAAAGGUGAGAAGGGCUUUAGAGGUUUCCCUGGUCGAAUAGGGAGUCCAGGACUGGAUGAGAACAGGGUGAUUCUGGGGACCCUGGCUGGCCUGGCAUUCCAGGACUAAACGGUAUCCCAGGACGAAAGGGAGAAAAAGGUGAUAGUGAUCUGAACGGUCUUGAUGGAGCUCCUGGACAAAAAGGAGGGAAGGGCUCGACUGGUUUCCCAGGUUUCACAGGGUUUUAAGGGAUCUCCUGGUGCACCAGGAGCUAAUGGGGCUCCGGGUCGGCCUGGUCCGGUUGGACCUAAAGGUGAAAUGGGACCAAAGAUAGAUGGAUAAAUAGUCAAGCCAGUGUAAUUAUGGCCAUCUUCAUAUCUCACUCAAUCCCAUGUGGAGGAACCGUGGAGGAGGACAAGGCCCUAAUUAACCCCAAGAAAGACAGGAUGAGAGAGAGAUAGAGAGAGACGGGGGUAGGAGCUAUUUCUGCUGGAUGAAGAUUUGAGCUAUCAAACCAAACACUGCGCUAAGGCCGCCUUUAGCCACAAUUACGCAUCUCUUGAUGUUGAUAAGAAUGGAGAGUGUUCAGCAAGCUGCACUCACAGAGUCUCUUUAGAUAAAGGUGGACUGUACUUCAGCACAGAAUCAGCAGACGAUCUUAAAACAUGAGGGAGAGAAGGGGAGGAGAGGCAGAGGAAAGGCCUGUCAACGGGGACCUCCUGGAAUUCCUGGCCUCAGAGACCUGGAUGGGGAAAUGGGAACCUCGGCAUGAAAGGAGAAAAAGGGGAGCCAGGACUUGGUGUGGAUCUUGUGACAAAGGAGGUGGUUGAAAAGUGUGAAAGGAAAUAUGGAAAGGAAACUCCUGAUGGUGAACACCGAUGAUACAGAUGAUGGGAGUAUCCUAAGGGAAGAGAGAAGAGCAGAUUCUGCUUCUCCGUUCUUGCUCACCCACCCCAAAGUGUGGGAUGAAGAGUUGGAGGACGAGACCAAAACAGUUCAUCCUGCUGUUUCAGAGUCAGAGCCAACAUUAGCAUAUGGCAACGUUACAAGAGCCAGUACUGAGGGAGAUGGAGAGCAGAGAGAAAAGAGAUGUGCACUCAAAUGCCACUCAGACCCAGCUGCUGAUCUGUGCCUUGAACCCAUGUCUGAGGGCCACUGCACUGAAUACGUCCUGCUCUGGUACUACUACACUGUCUCAGGAGAAUGCCGUCCUUUUGUGUAUGGUGGCUGUGGAGGAAAUAGGAACCGCUUCAGCUCCAAACAGGACUGUGAGAGUCAAUGUAUUCUGGGGAGGAGAGGUAAAGUGCUAAUCAGAAUUCAGGCUUCAGGUUCCAAUAUAAAUGGUCAGAGGUGAUUGUUCAAACGAUGCUAAAGACAUUCAGGUUUAUUUAUUUAUUUAUUAGCAAAUUCAUUUAAUUACAUUUACUUAUCUAUUUACAGAUUCUGGGUCCUGAGGAGAAAUGUGCUAUUUUUAACAGCUAAACUGAAAUUGAUCUGACUAAAAAUACAAUUUUUAUCCAUCCUAUAUGUAUAUUAGUUUAUCGCAGCUUUAGAUGACGGAAAAAAAUAUUCUGUCAUAUUUACAUUUCACUUCUAUAGCACCACACAUUGUUGCACUGUUGUAGUGAGUGAUACAUGCUUACCUAUGAAUUUCUUACAAAUAUGCCAUGUUUUUAUUAAAAAAACAGUUUGAUGCUUAGUAAGUGAGGUCAUGAUACUAAUGCACUAUUAAUAUAACCAACUAUGUGUUUAAAUGUUACCAUGAGGUUUACCAUUUUGCACUAA